AUGUACGAUGAUGUCACAUUUAAACUCCUGAAUUUAGCUUUGACUAAAGCCAAAGUCCUGGUGUGGCUCUGGUGUGAAUUGAAUGUGAUGUCUGGCAUUUCCAGCACCCUUGCAAUAGCUGAGAAAAAGAAGUCACAUGGCCAGAAGGAGUCACACUACUGUGAUGAAUUCUUUCUGAUGGGACUUUCCCAAUCCUCAGAGCUCAGGCUUUCUCUGUGGGUAUUCUGUCUCAUCAUAUACCUGAUAAUCCUCCUGGGAAACAGCUUCCUCAUUGUCAUCAGCAUCCUAGAUUCCCGACUCCACACCCCCAUGUACUUCUUCCUUGGGAACCUCUCAUUCCUGGACAUCUGUUACACCUCAUCGUCCAUUCCUUCAAUGCUCAUCUCAUUUAGAUCUCAGAGAAAAUCCAUUUCUUUCCUUGGCUGUGCACUGCAGAUGGUUUUCUCACUUAGUUUGGGCUCCACUGAAUGUGUCCUCCUUGCUAUGAUGGCCUAUGACAGGUACGUGGCCAUAUGCAACCCACUGAGAUACAUGAUCAUCAUGAACAAGAUAUUAUGUGCACACAUGGCUGCAUGGUCCUGGAUCAUAGGCUGUGCAAACUCCCUAGUGCAAACAGUCCUAACAAUGGUGUUGCCUUUCUGUGGGAAUAAUGUUACCAGCUGUUCCUUAUAUGUCUAG